AUGGAGGACAGUGACGAUGAAGAUAACGUCCAGGUGAUCAUCUUUGGAAAUUCAACGGAGGCCAACUUUGACGACUUCUACAGGGAACAGGACCCAACAAAGGACGAACACGGAGGGGAUGGCAGGGGGGACCCCGCCGGCGGAGCGUUUCCCAACGGCGAAGCCGAGGAAACACCGCGCGACGUGGACCUCGAAACGCAGGUGCAGAGAGCCACUCGGGAAAACAAAGUCUUCCUGAAAUAUGACUACACCCGGGAGAAGCCGUGGGCGCACCACGCGGACAAGAGCAUGUGGUUUAAUUACAAUUUCGACGAGCACUCCUUUAAGGAGUGGGUCCAGAAGCACAUCGAUAAGCGGAUCGAGAAGCAACAGAACUAUCAAGUGGAAAAUGCAGACAAUGUAUAUGAGGACAAGUUCAGGGCUGCUGUUAGGAACCCCCGAGGUUUUGAAGACUCCGAUCGCAGGGGGUAUAGCGACCAUCACGAACAGAACUACGAUGAUGACGUUUUGAGGCGGAACCAAAAGGGAGCAAAGAACAGCAUAGGGAUGAAAGCGAGUAACUCUAAGAAGGGGGCUUUGAGUAAUAACUACGGCCUGCAGAGAGGCAACAACGCUUUGGUGCAACCCCACGAGGAGAGCAGCUUCGCUUUUCAGCCCCUUAGGGAAGAAGACAACUAUGUGGAUGAUCGUGGAAGGAGGAUGCCCCCCGAGAAGGCAGCCAGUAGAACGGGGCAGAUGACUCAAAAUGGGGGGACCCCAGGGGGAGGAGGUCACACCGCUCAGGGGGGAGGUCACACCGCUCAGGGGGUAGGCCACUCCGCUCAGGGGGGAGGUCACACCGCUCAGGGGGUAGGCCACUCCGCUCAGGGGGUAGGCCACUCCGCUCAGGGGGUAGGCCACUCCGCUCAGGGGGUAGGCCACUCCGCUCAGGGGGAAGACCUCACGCAGUUUCAAGAUUUGGUAAAUUUUUUCAAGCAGAACCCGGAGGUGUAG